AUGAAAUUUUUGGUGGUAAUUUGUUGUGUUGUCAGUGCUAUGGCUGAACUACCUCACUUCAGACCAGCGAGGUUUAGGUUUCAACGCCAGGAACUAGCACCAACUACGACUGACUCACCAACGGAACCUACAACUGAAUCGGGACCAUAUCCUCCAUCUGGAUGGAAGCCGUCUGGUCAAGCAUUUACUUUACCCCAAGAAGUAACUUCGACGCCAGCUGACACCUAUGGACCACCUGAACAAAGCGGACCUUACCCACCUUCGGGAUGGAAACCUGAGGGCCAAGCCUUCACUCUUCCCCAGGAACAAGCUCCACCAGCAACUAGUUAUGGAGUCCCAGAAAAUACUUACGGUGUUCCAGAAAAUACAUAUGGAGUUCCACUAACUGAUGCCACAACCACAGAUAAUCCUGCUGCUGAAAAACUAGACGGUCCCGUCGAGGUCAAAAAAAGUGUGGGUACAUACUAUGUUCUAUUACCUAACGGACAAUUGCAAAGGAUUGAAUUCGUGACGGAAAAUGACAUUCAAAAUAUGAAGUACACCGCGAGACUCCAGCUCCGUGAGCGGGCCCCUAUAUACGUGUUUGGACCC